CGUUUGUCCGUGGGAGUUUCUUCUUUUCCUACGGAGACUUCAACAAGUCUCAAAAGAAACUGCACGAUGACGGACUAUCAGCUCGACAACAAGAUCGACAACAGCGCCCUCUGGAUCAAAGAGGCUCCCCCCGUCUCUUUCUCGGGGGUCUCCAGGUUCAGGCGCUGGUUGUUUCCUGCUCUGACAGCAACGUUCAUCCUGAUUCUGAUCAUAGUACUGGGAGUCAGCAACAUGAGGACAUCGACUCGUCUGUGGUCUGUGGAGCAGAGUGUGUCCAACCUGAGCAACGUCAUCCAAUCACUGAACACCUCACUGCAGCACGCUCAGGAAAGAGCGAAAGAAGUUAAGAAGCUGCAGUUUGCUGUGGAGAACAACAAGGAUCAGCUGACCUCAGUGUCGGAGGCGUUGAAGCAGCUGUCGGCCGUGGAUUCUCUCAGCAGGAGCAUCGCUUCGCUCAGAUGCUCCCUCGAGCACAUCAUAAACAACAGCUCUGCAGCGGGCGGUUGUUGUCCUCUGGGUUGGGAGGAGUUCGACUUCAGCUGUUAUUUCUUCAGCAGUCUGACUCUGUCCUGGAACGAGUCCAGAGCCUGGUGCGACCAACAGGAAGCUCACCUGCUCAUCCUGCACAGCGACAAGGCGUGGGACUUUGUGACCCGUCGCACCACUCAUGGUCUAUUCUGGGUCGGUCUGUCCGACUGGAGAACCGGGCAGUGGGAGUGGGUCAACCAGACCCCGUACACCAUGGAGCGCAGGCGCUGGGUGCCCGGUCAGCCCGACGGCUGGGUCGAUCAUGGUCUGGGCCCGGGGGACGAAGACUGCGCUCACCUGCACGCCAGCGGACACUUCAACGACCUGCACUGCUCCACAAAGAUGCGUUUCGUGUGCCAGAGACACAGCAUGCGCCCAUAAACAAGCCAAGGCAAUAACAACACAACAACAAACAAAAACAAGAACAAACAAGAACAAGAACAAAAACAAAAACAAAAACAAGAACAAACAAAAACAAGAACAAGAACAA